ACCACCAGUCAACCACUAACUGGCACAGUGGCAAGCAAUGCUGGCAAGUGACAACUGUCACUGGUUUAAAAAUGUCAAAUAUCAAUGAUGUGAGAUGUCAAAUGUCAACAUUUAAACUAAUUUUAUUAUUAUGUUCUGUGUGCAAAAUACAUAAUAUAAAUCUUUUCAUAAUACUAAACAAAACCUAAAAACUCAACAAUAGAUGAUUGUCGUUAAUAAAUGUUUAAAUUCUGAACUGAAACUAAUAAAAAACAGCUUGAACAGUAAAAAAUGAAUGAUGAUAGUCAAGAAGAGAAACCAACUCAUUCUACCUUCGCGAGGUAUCGAAGUCCCACAUUCAGUAAAAACGAAGUAAAUACAUUGUUGAGUCUCAUUGAAUACCAUAAAGGUAUAAUAUUGAAUAAAUCGACCAGUACAGCAGCAUGUCACGCUAAAGAAUGUGCUUGGGCUGAAAUUACUAAAGGUUUUAAUAGCAAUGGUUUCAAAAAUAAGCGAAGUGCUGAGAGUCUAAAAGUAAAAUGGGAUAAUUUAAAGAAGGUUGCAAAAAAGAUAUCUAAAAACCUCCUGGAUGUGACUAAUAAUGACUUUGAUGAUGUGACUAGUAGGACUGUGGCAAUGUUGUGCGAAGCGGAAAAUAUAAAUUUUAGUUUAGAGAAACGUUUGGAAUCAGAUGAAGAACUAAAUGUAGAAUCGGAAAGCCAAAAACAAAGCCAAGAUUUGCAUAAUUGGAAUGAUGGAGAGGAUCAAGACUUACAUGUUUCAGAUAAUGAUGGUGACAAUGAAAAUCAAAGGUUUUUGAAUCGUUCUAUGAAUUUCUCGCCACAAGAAUGCAAUUUAUUAAUACAAUGUGUGAGACAGGAAAAGAAAUUUGUGUUGUCCAAAGCCAACACCUCAGGUGCUAAUAAACUAAAGAACAGGGCAUGGUUUAGGAUAACAAAUAAUUACAAUAAAUUGAGUCCACAGAAAAGGUCCACAAAAAUGUUACGCACAAAGUUUAGUAAUAUGAAAAAGAUGGCAAAGUCUGUUAGCUUUAAAAACUAUCUCAAAGAUGUCAACAGAAAACAAAAUAAAUUAAAUGAAGAUGAUGAUAAAAAAAUCAAAUCAGAACCACCAUAUGAAUACAAAGACCAUUCUGAGCUGGAUAAUGAUAUUGAUGAUAGUCACAAUGAAAUUAAUGAAAUAUCUAGUAAUACCAUUAAUUUAGUAUCAGACCCAUUGAGUACCACCUUAAAUGGUGAUUCGGGAAUUGAUUUAAUAAAUCCUUUAGAAAAUAAAGAAAUCGUCAGGUUAAAAAUGGACUUGCUCCACUAUCAAAUGGAAACUGCCAAGUUAGAAAGAAAAAGAAUAGAAGAAGCAAUACAGGCGCAGAGUCUGGAAAACGCAUUAAGACUCAGAGCAGCGCGGCUGGAGGCGGUGGCGGCCGCCGACAAGCUGUCGCCCGCGCACCCCGCGCUCGCCUUCACGCCCGACGAGGCGCGCGCGCACCACUGCCUCGCGCACUGCACCUGACGCUACCGCGCGGAUCAUGCCGGGAUUCAUGAUUUAAUUGUGGAAAAGAUUAUUCAUAAGUGAUUUCAACAAAGUGAUUUUCCAUAUCAAGAAUUAAUUCGGCCGGGGGUCGUUUUGAGAUUUUUUUUUGAUCAUGACGUAAUUUUAUACGGCCGUGGUUUCAAAAACGUAAUACAAAAUUAUGAACGUGCAAUAAAAGGUGAAAUAAGACACAAUAAAAUAGAUACGAAAA